AUGAGAUCAUUUAUCAAGUCACACAGGAAGAAUGAUUCAAGUAUAUCUAAUGCACCCUCGGAAGCAUUACUACUAAACCCUAGUAAUAACAAUACUACCACUACUACUACCAUCCCAAUUACUACUAACAACAAUAAUAUAACCAGUCAUGUUGUUAGUAAUACUCGGCCUGGUUCCAACACCAACAGUUUUAAUUCUGCAUCUGAUGAUUAUCAGCCACCUACAUCGUAUAGUAAUCGGUCAUCAACUACUCCCAUACCAUCACCAAAAAUGCAACAACAUCCACAAUUUACUCCUCCGCAAACAGGCCAAUCUAGUAUUAGUUCUCCGAAAAAAUUAUUAACUCCUAUUAAAAACUUGUUCACUUCAUCAUCGCAUUCUAAAUCAUCUUUAACCACACCAACUUCUGGUGAAAGUUUGAUUGUAAUGGGUGGAUCCCCAAAAAAUAAAUUCAGAAAACAUGUUCGAAGUCGAAGUCAUAUUUCCAUAUCUAAUGAUUUAAGUAAAUUACCCGAAGAUAAACCUAAAAAUAGUUUAUUCGAUAAUAAGACGUAUCAAAAACUUACUCCUUUUGAACAUGAAGUCAAAUCAUCAAAAUCAAAAUCAACGACUUCUUUAAUUUCAUUAUCUGAAAAUACUUCAAAACCAGUUAGACGUAGUUCAAUAACAUUAUUUAUGGGUCAUAAAUCUACAAAGAGAGAAAAACCUCCUCAUUUGAGAUCAAGACAUAUAACUUCACUUCCGUUACCAAAUGCAUCAAAUGAUUUAAAUGUGGAAUUGGGUCCACCAAUCGCACUUUCACAUAGUCCAUCAUUUAAUACCAGUAAUCCAUCAAUAGCUGAAAGUGAAAGUAAAUUCCACACAAAACAAGUUGCAUUUGAUUCAAUGACGGAAUCUAAAAUAAAAGAUCAAACAGAAACCCAAAAACUAGAAAAAGUUGCUAAUUUUGCUGCAGAAAAAGAAGAAGAAGAAGAAGAAGAAGUUGAUGAUGACGAUGAUGAAUAUGAUUCUUCUUCUUCUCAAUUCUCAUUUGUUCAGGAUAUGAAAGGAGGUAGAAAUACAUCUGUGAAAUAUUACAAGACAAAAGAUUAUAAAAGAAAAUCAUCACCAGAAGCUGGAUUACUGAAUACUUUUAAUGAAUAUGAUUUAGGAUAUGAUGUUGAUGAGUUUUCCGAUUAUGAUUAUGAAAACAAUGGUGCCGAUAUCGGCGACGACGAUGAUGAUGCAGCAGCUAUUGCUGAUGACGAAUAUUGUGGAUAUGAAGAAGAAGACGAUGUACAGUAUAAUAAGUUUUAUGACGAUGAUAUCGAAGAUGAUCCACCAGCAAUGAGUAUACAGAGUGAGGAAGACAAUGAAGCUGAGGAAUAUGAUGAUAUGAACCCAUCAUUAGUUACUAAUAAUGAAGAGAAUACUCCACAUGGUCUUGGUGCACCAUUAUUUGCUGACAAUUCAUCACAAUCUAGAAAUCCAUUCAAUCGUUCAUUCCAUUUAUCAAUUAUGGGACCCAAAUGUGAUACACCAAAGGAUAGUCCUGCUAAAUCUAAUUUUGAAGAGGAUAUUUUGGAGAAUUACCUUGAUAUUAGUGAACUGCCAUCUAUUACGAACUCACAGGAGAAUCUUGCUGAUUUUGAAGACCCAAGUGCUAAUGGUAAUUUUGAAUUAUUUGCUUUGAAUAGUCCUAUUAUUAAUGGUUUAACUAUUGGUAAUAACUUGCGUCAUCGUGCUGGGCGUCAUCGUGAUUUUACUAAUACAAAUAGAUUGAUUAUUCAUCGUAAACCAAUUGAAUUUUAUGAUGAUUCAGUAAACCAUUCGGGAUUUACAUUGAAUGAGAAUGAUGGUUUCACGAAAUACAUACAUUCAUUUCAUGGUUCCUUUGAAGAUGGAAUUAAUAAAACUAUCCAUGAGAAGGUUAAAGGGUUUGAAGAAUUUUGGGACAAUCGCAAAAAUCUUAAACCAAACAGCAAUAAUUUGGGAUUAGGUAUCAUUGAUAGUGUCUCUGGUAGCAGUACUCAAUUUGAACAACCAGGUUUAGAUAAGCGAACAAGUAAUUCCACAAGUAAUUCAUCACAUAGUAAACUAACUACUAGUGAUGUGGCAAGCAAUACAACGACAGGUAGUUCAAUUCCUGUUAAAGCACCAAUAGUUUCCAAAGCAAAUAAUCCAAUAAGACAAUCAGUGAGUGAUAUGAUGGCUGUAUUGGGAAGUUUGGAAAUGUCAAAUACAACCGAACCACAAGAUCCCGUAUCAAAAGAUACAUCCAAAGCAAGAGAUUCAGUUGUUAAUAUGAUGGGAGUAUUGGAAAACUUGGAGAGUAAUCUUAAAGAAGAACCUAAACCAACUGAGAAAUCAACAAAUCAACUAAGAAAUUCAAUAAUUGGUAUGAUGGAUGUAUUGGCUAAUUUGGAAAAUGUUGAAGAACCAAAGGUAGAUUUGAAAACAGAGAAAGUAAAAGAAGACAAAACCAACUUGCGAAACUCUGUAAUUGGAAUGAUGGAUCUUUUAGCAAACUUGGAACAACAAACAGAUGAAAAGCGAGAUCAACAGCAGAAUAGGAAAUCAGUAGUUGAUAUGUUGUCCACUUUAUCUGCAUUACAAGGUAAUAACGAUAAAGUUGAUAAGUUAGAAACACUUGAAGAACCGAAACGUAAAGCAUCAUUUAAAAGAUAUUCCUGGUUUAAUAGUCAAGAAAAUUUAUCAACUCCAACUAAAGAUAAACCUCCUACUGUUAAAGAAUAUGAUCCUACUGAUGAUAAUGAUAAAUAUAAUACUUCCUUGGAUCAAGAAUUAUUAGAUGAAAUUAAUCAAAUACCAGAUGAUUUUGAUUUUGAUGAAGCACAACAACAACAACAACAACAACUGAUUCCACUACUGCAAUUUCCAAGUAGAAGUCAAUCCCGUGAACGUAGUGGGUUUUAUCGUUCAAAUUCAUAUAAUAGAAAACCUAAAAAAACAGUUGUUUCAAAUCAACUAUUAUCAAAUAAAAUAGAAACAUUGAGUAAAACAGUUACAUUUUAUAAUAGUGGGACUUCAUCACCUGCUUCUUCAUUAGCUUCAAGAAGUAGAAGUUUAAGCAGAGGACCAUCUACAAGAUCAAUGAAUUCAUUUGCUUCAGUUAAUGAAGAAGAAGAGGAAGAAGAAGAAGAGAAUGAGUUUGAUGAUGAUUUAAUUGAUGAUGAAUUAUUAAAUGAAAUUAAUGAUGAUUUAUCAUAUGAUGGAUAUAAAUCAAAUGAUUUAGGUACGAUUAAUGAAAGUUUUGAUAAUCAAACAUAUUCAUAUAGGAAUUGA